UUGGUUUCGGAAUACGUUGUAAGAAAUGGGUGGAUAACUCCAUUUAAGGAUAAUAUUCCUGGAGAUGAUUGGUUUCGGCGCUUUUGCAAAGGAAAUAAUCUAUCAUUAAAAAAACCACAAUCAGUCGAAAUAGCUAGAAGGAAAGCUUGCAACCCGUUCACCGUAUAUGAAUACUUUGAUUUUUUGGAAAAUGCCAUAAAUGAUUUGGAUCUGGCCGAGAAACUUGAGUGCAUCUAUAAUCUAGACGAAACCAGUUUUUGCAACGAUCCUUCCAAGAGUAAAGUGCUUGGUCAAAGAGGGUAUAGUUCUACUAGGACAACUAGCUCCCCCGGACGUGAUAACACAACUGUCCUAUUGGCAACUAAUGCACGCGGCGAUAAAGUCCCACCACUCAUAAUUUUUCAAGGAAAAUACUUGGGGAACGAGUGGUGUUACAAAAAUGAUAGUGUGAAAACAGCAUACGCUGUAAGCCAAAAGGGCUGGAUGGAAACAUCAAUUUUCGAAAAAUAUUUUAAAAAUGUAUUUUUACCUGCGAUCGGAAAUGAGCGACCAGUUCUACUAAUUUAUGAUGGCCACUCCACACAUGUCGAUUUAAAAGUAAUCGAACUCGCCAUUUCCGAAAAUGUUACCAUUUUGAAGUUACCCCCGCAUUCUUCACAUAUCCUUCAACCGUUAGAUGUAAGUGGAAUGAAGUCCAUGAAGGAUCGAUGGGAAGAAGCCUUGGUUAAAUGGCAAAGGCUUCAUAUCGGAGCAAAGUUACCCAAAAGUGAGUUCCCACGAAUUAUUACUAAAAUAUGGGAUGAUAUGAAUCCUGUUAUUCUAGCCAAUGGAUUUAAAAAAAAAACAGGUAUUUAUCCCUUAAAUCGGCACGUGAUCCCAAAAGAAAAGUUUGAUCCCUUAACUUGGUCUAGAUGGGAGCAGUAUGUUCAAAGACAAACAUACGAGCAAGGCAACUACGUCGAAGAUGUUAGUGAAGCCGUUCGAGCACCAUUUGAAAAAUGUGUCAACAAACCUCUUAAAAACGUUCCAACUCUCGUUAAAUUAGCACUUAAAACUUUAAACUCUCAACCAGAUCAUAAAAGCCACAUAUUGUAA